AUGCUACCUACCUCCUACCUUCACCAUCACUGCAUUUCUCUCCUUUCUUCCUUUCCCCCAACUCCACCCCCUUGCCUUGCCUGCCCUCUUUUGCCCUCUUUCGGAGAGGUCUCCCCCCCUUCUCUCUCUGAGACGGCUCUCCCCCACCUCCUCGCCAUCCACUCUGCGCUCUCUCACAUGGGCCGACCCCCACCCGUGGUGGACGCUACACGAUUGCAGUCCAACCCCCAGGGCGUUCUCAGGGCGCUCUGCCAAGCGCUAGACAUCCCCUUCUAUCCGGAAAUGCUCUCGUAA